AGGAUGGUGCUGUGCAUCAGCGGCAUCCCGAUCGACGACAUACCGCAGGACUCGCGCACGCUCUACCAGCACUACCCGCACCUGAAGGACGGUGCGCGCCAGUUCUGCAGCAUUCCGGCCAAGUGCAUCGGUCCUGUGGGCCUGCUGUACGUCAACCAGCGCGAGCUGGCCGUCACCGUGCCGCAUGACAAGAACGUCUCCAUCCUGGGCACGGAUGACUGCACUACGUGCCACAUCGCCGUCCUGCGACACACCGCGUCGGGCGCCACGGCGCUGACACACCUGGACGGCUGCGGCCACGAGGAGUCAAUCCAGACGAUCCUGCACCGCAUAUCGGAGCUGUCCAUGGGCUACCCGGCCGGCCGGGUGCAGCUGCACCUGGCCGGCGGCUUCCGCGACACGCGCGGCGUCUCCGAGGAGCUCACGCUCUCCCUGCUCAACUCGUUCCAGAAGUCGCCGUACGAGGUGGACCUGGUGACCUGCUGUCUGGGCGACCUCAACACCAUCAUCCGGGCUGGCAUGAACUGGCCGGUGGUGUACGGCGUGGGCGUGAACACGGAGACGGGCGAGCUGUUCCCGGCCACCUUCCCGGACAAGGGACCCGAGCUGGGCCUCCGCUCAGCCCGCUUCUACACCGGCGGACACCAGGUACUGGACAUCUACGACUGUCAGCAAGGCCUGCUGCGGAUCGGACCGUUCAACUACGAGCCGCUGCGGGGUGUGGACCUGUGGCUGCAGCAGAGCGACGAGUUCCUGCUGCAGCACCUCUCCACCAGCCCCGAGGUCGAGCCGCCCCACUUCGCCAUGCAGGUGCGGAGCACACUGAAGCACAUCCAGGAGCACCCGUUCCCGGCCAUCACCAUCUUCCCGGACGGACGGCCGCACUACUUCCGCAAGGACGAGCUGUCCGGACAGUGGGUGCAGAUCCGCUACUGAGCUGUCCGGGCAGUGGGUGCAGAUCCGCUACUGAGCCGUCAGGACAGGGGUGCAGAUCCAUUACUAAGUUGUCUGGACGUUGGGUGCAGGUCUGCUGCCUAGCUGUCUGGACAGUGGGUGCAAGUCCGCUUCUAAGCUGUCCGGACGGACGGCGGUUGCAGAUCUGCUGCUGAGCUGUCCGGACAGUGGGUGCAGAUCCGCUGCUAAGCUGUGUGGACAGGGGGCGGAGAUCUGCCGCUAAACUGUGCAAACUGGGCGUGCUGGCGGGCUGGCCAGACAACGGAAGGCACAAGUCUGUUCUCCAGGCUGCCAUGGCGAGACACUUUAUUUGUUGUUACGUUCAGGAGAGUUAUGCCGUGUUGACGGAGAUGUUAUCAGCAUCGGCAAGCCUUUGCUGGACCCAGUGGCCGACGGCGGCUGUAGUGAUACGAUUGCCUUACCGCUUUUGCCGCGGUCUGAUAUUAUUGUGCUGUUGCUGUACCGCGGUGAAAGUGGCGCACCGGCAACCAACGGCGCCUUCGACGGCAUUCAUUCCAGUGGUGCCAAAUUCGACGCUUGUUUUAAGUAUUCUGUGUCUGCGUUUCGUGCAGUCUUUUCUCUGGAGCAUGGCAGUCGUCUCACGGCUGCCUUUCUUGAAUGUGGUCGCCCGAGAACACCACUCGCUAGUAUUAGCAGCUAUGGUUGGGUUAGGGUGAUUAGUGAACCUCUGACCUGCACAUACUGCAGUUGUCUGGUUAGUCACAUUUUACAGACAGCAUUGAUGAUGUUUUUCUUGCUUUUUGUUUAUCGUUUAAGGAUGGCGUUGUCUAUGUUUCUGUAAUGCAGCAUUCUUCAGUUUUCGCGUUCGUGUUGAGCGUCGAACCAGCAGUUUUGCUUGUGCCAACUAUGAGUUGCCAUUGGCUGGCAAACUGCACCACUUUGCGCUGUACCGUUGAACUGAGCCGUGGUGUUGGAGAGAAUCAAAAUACUAUUGAAAAAUGACA